AGAGGGGGAGUUUUGCUGGGUCAAAAAUACACAGGAGCUGCAAAUCAGAAACUCAGCAGACCUGCGCAACUUUCAACAAGCAGUUUGUUUUUUUUUUCUCCUACUUUAAGUUAAUUCUGGUCGCUGCAAAGAUGACCACAGCUGUGGUUUCGCCUUUCUUCGACUUCGAAGUAAUGAACAAGAACAACAAACUGCUCAGCUACAACCACAACCUGGGUGCUCCCCAUCCCAUCUCUGUCCCUUGCACUGGCACCAAUGUGCCCAUCUCCAGCCCCACCGGAGCCCUGCUGGACAGGAAGGCGGUGGGAUCUCCCUCAGUGGGAGGUGUGUACCAGCGGCGGCACUCUGUCAGCAGCACAAAGUUCAGCCAGAAUCAGUUCCUGAACAGCCUGAAGGCAGCGGACCACUCCUCACUCAUCUCAGGGGUUGGUAACAACAAGGAGAAUCGUCUGCGAGACCGCUCCUUCUCUGAGACGGGUGAGAGGCUCCUCAAUAAGUGCCUGGGCCCUGCCAGUCCCACCAAUGGCGGCAGCCAAGUGAACUCCAGCCGUUACAAGACCGAGCUUUGCAGGCCCUUUGAGGAGAAUGGCUCCUGCAAGUAUGGUGACAAAUGCCAGUUUGCUCAUGGAAUCCAUGAACUGCGCAGCCUGAGCCGCCAUCCCAAAUACAAAACUGAGCUGUGCCGCACCUUCCACACCAUUGGAUUCUGUCCAUACGGGCCACGCUGCCAUUUCAUCCACAAUGCUGAGGAGCGCCGUGGACCUCCCCAGCAGUGCUCCCCUCUUAACUCUUCCAACAAGAUGGAGAGGCCUCGACUGCAGCACAGCUACAGCUUUGCAGGCUUCUCCAACUCAGCUGGGCUGAGAGAUAGCCCCACCUCGGUCACCCCCCCACCCAUGUUCUUCCCUGAUGAGGUCCCUGACUGGCCCAGCAGUAACCCCUUCACCUACUCCAGCCAGGAGCUGGCCAACCUGUUUGGGCCCAGUCUCAGUGCCGGUCCUGUAGGCACAGAGCCCAACACCCCUGCACCUCCCUCUCCAACAAGCACGCCUUACUAUUUCAGACCCAUGUUGGAGUCCCCUCAGAUGUUUGAGUCUCCAUCCAGCCCUCCCGACUCUCUGUCAGACCAAGAGGGCUACCAGAGCAGCUCUGGAGGCAGCCUGAGUGGCUCGGAGUCCCCCACGCUGGACACCACCCGCCGCCUUCCCAUCUUCAGCCGCCUCUCCAUCUCUGAUGAUUAGACUUCACGCAUCCACCAGUGACUUUAAGUUCGAUGAAACAAAGAGAACACGGCACUCCCCUCUACCUCUGCCCCUUUCUGAAGCUUCCCUGUCUUCCUGUACACAAGACACCGUGUUUGCUCCUUGUUAGCAUUGUGCGGAUGUAGUCACUUAAGGGACCUCUCUCAACUCAAAUUAUCAUUUCAUCCCUGUUUAUCCACAGCAAGUUUUAAAACGCACCCUGCCAUGUGUCAUAGUGCCAAAAAAGGAGAGGAAAUUGAACAAUGAAAAUCAUGAGAACAAGAAUUGACUGUUUUGCCAGGUGCCACUUGGUUUUUUUUUUUGUUUGUUUUUUUAUUUGUUCUUGAAUGUGUAGCAGCACAAGUGGCCUUGGAAAGGGGAGUGCAUUGCACUAGCCCCCCCCCCACCCCAUGAUGACUAUACCACUUCCCCUGAGCUAGCUAGAGGGUGCUCACUAACUUAACUGUAGAUCUACCGCAGCCGUUUUUACAGACUGAGUUAAGACAAAAGGAAAAAAAAUAAAGACCCUGAAAAGAUAUGAAUAGUUUUUAAAGAGGAAAAAAAGUGCCUGGGGCGGUUUCUGCAUGUGUUUAGGGUGAAUGGACUACUGUUUGUUUGUUGGUUCUUUCUCAUUUGCCCACCUCUCCACCCCCCUGUCACAGUUCUUCUCAAGCCCCGUCUUAUGUAAUUGUGGACUGGGUGAGUCUGCAGGAAGGACUUUGAACUGGAAGUUGGUUAAACCCCUCCCCCUCCUGAGUUUUUCUCCUCCUGUUGCUGGUCACUGGCUCUCUUUUGGGAAGGAAGUCUUGAUAUCAAACUGAUCAUUAAACCUGUAAGACUUUG